AAGUAGCUUCGCUCGCAAAAUAUUCCGUGGACUCAGGUCCAUCUUGUAAAGUUGACCCAGCGUGAGGAGUGAAGACUGAAGAAUGCAAUCGAAGAUUAACGCCUUUUUCAGACCAUGCACUUCCAAGACCGCCGACGCUUCUUCCAUCUCCGGUGAUUUGUUCCACCGAGAAGGCACAAAAAAGAAAUACCCAGAUAUUACCGUUACGUAUAACCGUAGAAAUUCCCAACCGUGUGGUGAUAGCAAGGAUGGAUCAAAUGGUGAAGCACCCAAGAAAAUUGAUUCAAAGAGCUCAAUUGUGAAAUUUGGUUUGCCCACAUCUGUAAAAGUUCUGAAUAAGAAGAGAAAAUAUGCCCAAUUUCAUUUGGAAUUUGGUCAGUCUGAUUUUCUCUUGCACACUUGCAAUGUAUGCAACUUCCAGUAUGCUACUGGUCAAGAAGGGGAUGAGAAGGUUCACCAGGCAUUUCACAAGAAUUACACUGUUGGAAUCCCAUUUAAGGGCUGGCAGAAUGAAAGAAUUAUUCCAAUUCCUUCAUUUGAAGCAGGACGCAUUAUCUUGGUCUUAAAUGAUGACCCUCCUCCUUGGAGAAACAAGGUUCAGGAAGUUGUAAAGAUGAUGGAGGUGGAACUUGGUGAAGGGUGGAUAUAUAAUCAGCAAUGCAAGGUGUAUUUGUUUAUCUCUUCUCGAAGAAUUGGUGGAUGCUUGGUAGCAGAACCUAUAAAGAAGGCAUAUAGAAUUGUUUCUAGUUCGCAAGGCAACAAGUCUAGUGUUGCGGCUGAAAGGGAAGUAAGUCAGAGAUCUACGGUUCUGCAGUUUGGAGGAGUCAGUUUUCAACGGGAAAAAGUAAGAAGAGAUCCCCCUAAAGAAAGACUCGAUGGUUUAGAUGAUGGCCUAAAUGGAGUGAUCUUGUGUGAGAAGGAAGCUGUACCUGCUUUGUGUGGCAUUAGAGCCAUUUGGGUCACUCCUUCCAAUAGAAGAAAACACAUUGGUAGUUAUUUACUUGAUGCUGCAAGGAAAAGUUUUUGCAAUGGUCAAGUUCUCUUGCGCUCAGAGCUAGCAUUUUCUCAGCCAACUUCAGUUGGGAAGGUAUUCAUAUCUAGCUAUACUAGCAGUUCAUCCUUCUUCCUAUACACCUCCAGUGGCUCUAAGUAGGUUCCAUCUUCUUUCAGCAACUCUCUUUAGGUACUGCUUAAUCCAUGUUUCAUGUGAUAUGUGUGUAUAUAUAUAAAUAUACAUUUAUAAAAGUAACAUUUUUAAGACAAAAUUUA